AUGCGUCUUGUCUCUGCCAUGGCCGCCUUCACCGCAGUUGCUACUGCUGCGACUGCAGACACCAUCCCUCCUGAGCUGGCGAGCAUUAGAGAGCCGUCGACGGUGCUAAAUGUCACCUUUGCGGUAGGGUCAACUGCAGUCAGCUUCACCCCUGGCAAGUUCCUGAACGCGAGCGACACCAAGAACGCGCCGGAGCUGCAUCUCCAUGACAUAGGGCUCAGCAGCUCUGGACCCUAUCUACUGCUCAUGGUCGACCCGGACUGGAAUAAAACCACCCCCCCCCCCCCUCGCACUAGCAACAAGAACAUGCUGGCUUCCUACAUUGCCCCGGCCCCCAAGUCCGGCACCCAUAACUACACCCUUUUACUCUUCGACCAGCCCUCCAACUUCAGCAUCCCCAGCCACUACAAAUCCUUCAUGCUGACCAACAAUGACACGCCCCUGAAUCAGCUAAACCUGCCACUGGUCAGCUUCCUCAACCAGACUGGACUAGGCUCACCAGUCACGGCCAACUACUUUCACAUCACAGCGGCGAGCAAUGAUACCAGUAACAGCUCAAGCACAUCCGGUUCCAGAACAACCACAAGCUCAGGCACCAACACCAGCACUAGCGCUGCCACUAGCAAGACAUCAAGUGGGGCGGGCCACAAGAUGCCCACAGGGAGUUAUCUGGCCGGUGCGCUGGCCUUGAUCGGUACAGUAAUAGCCUCUGUCUAA